GGCUUUGUGUCCUUGAAUUUCUUUUCGUGGGAGUCUAAAGUUCGAAAGUCAUCAACUUGAACACCUCCCUCACCCUCUUCCCAAUCUCAACAUCCUUCCCCAACAAGUAGAAGUACCUAACCAGAUGAACCUCCUGCUUACGAAUCCUUAUUUUCACCCAUAAUUUCCAUCCCUUCUUGCAACCCACAACACUACAUCGACAUUGUUGUAUUAGUAUAUCUAAGAACUACAAGUACAUCAUGCAUGGUCAUGGAAGUUGAAAUAUUAGAAAUAUCAUGUUGUUGAACUCGAAACAGAUUUAUUUCUCUUAAGGAUGAGAGAACAGAAAGGAAGACUUGAGCUUCAACUCAAGAAGUAGAUUAAUGACUUACUAAUGAAAGCGCCUACAAUCUAAACAAUUCCUCGCUCUUCUUAUUUCUCUUAAAUGAUCAUCAUGAUUAUACCCGCGACCCUUCAGCAUUCUCUUAGAAAUACAACAAAUAUACUACAUAGGAGGUAGUCUAACGAGUAGUUCACCUCGUUGUAUACGCAGAUAAAAUGGCGGGCGUCGAGCCCGGGCCUAAGCCCAAGGACCUGGUAACGUCAGCGUCAGCGCCAGUUAUCAGGGAACCACCACCCUCGAAUGAAGAAUACACCUUGCCAGUCACAACAUUACCACGUACUAUUUUUUAUAUGGUGAAGGCUUCACGGUCCAGUGAGGACGCCCAAAGCUGCACAUAAGUAAAGCAGCCGGGUAUGUAGCUAUAGCUUUCCCUUUAUUCUUGGGCGUAUCCCUUCUGACAAUAUUUUUGGUAACAAAUAGAGAAGCAUCAAGGGUGGAAGGGUGCAUCUUGAUCUUGCCAGCCCCCACUGCAUCACGAGAACCACGUAUCUUUCAUCUCUUAGAAUUCGACUCUUACACCAUACAAAUAUUGCUAGAUGAAGAUCAUACGCUGCAACCUCUACCUCCUUUACCAGGCAUAACCCAACAGCAACUAAUUGAUCACUGCAACCUCAUGAUCAUCCUCAUCAAUGAUCACUGCAACCUCAUCAUCCUCAUGACUGAUCACUGCAACCUCAUCAUCAUCAUCAUCAUCGUCAUCGGUGACCAUUGGCAUUGCAACCUCGUCAAUUCAUCAUGAUGAUGAUGAUGAUCAUCAUCAUCAUCAUCCUCGACAUUAUCACACUUCACAAUUACUACAGCAAAAGUGCCUCUGGGUAAGUUCCCAAAGGACACGGGAGAAACCACUAGUCGAUUAGCCGACAUCCAGAAGCAGGCAAAGAAGACGCCAGCCCCAGGAAAAUACGACAAAGUCUAUGCAUGGGCAGAUGCAAGCAAAAAAAGUACUAUAUUUAUGCAGUAAAAGUACCAAAGUAUGUGAGUAAAAGUAUGAUCUUCUUGGAGGUGUUGCUCCUGUUGUUCUUCCUCCACCAAUCAAGAAAAAUAACUGAGACUGACAUCAACUGCUAAAAAUUGAUGAAGAAGUACUUGUUCUUCGGACCAGCGCGGAUUGCCACCCAGAAGCACUACCUAAUACCUCCUUACCCUGAAUACAGAAAUGAAUCCACCUACUUACAACGUUGUUCUACUAGACCAACUCUUUGGGAGUAGUUUUAACUAGUAGUGACAUCCUACUAGUUAGAACAACUACUCGCAAACGUCCAACUGCAGAAAUAAAUGAACCAGCUGCACCAAUAAAUCCACAUCCUACAACAACAACUCCCCCACCCCCUCGACCACCCUCUUCAACAGCCGGCACACGACAAAGAGGGGAGGCACCAUUGGGAUUCGGAUUCAAAUUUGAAAACGCCUCAAGAUGGAAAGGGGACGCGCAGGAUAUGGUCAGAAAAAGAGGCCCCAUGCCAGGACCCGGUCACUACGAGAGCAAGGAGGUACUGUCACUACGAGAGCAAGGAUAUGACAGAAAAAAGUGUACUCAUAUUCAAGAAAAGAAGUUUUUCCCUACUUAGAAAGUGCCUACUUUCUUGCGGAUGAGUACUUACACUUUUUCGUUUCAUAAAGGAAGUAUUGCUUCUAUUCUUUAACACGAAGAGGACUCACAUUGAUGUAUGAGGACCAAAAAUGAACACGAGCAGUCUGCUCGACUAAGUUUAAGUAGAUCAUCAUGAUGUUGAGUAUGAGUUGUUUGCUGUCUAAGUCCUCUACUAGUGCCUAGGUGGAUUUCCAUCAUUCAGAUUAUUGUUCUUUUAUCGUAGAUGAAAGAACAAGAUACUAGUGUGCUUAACAAACCACUACUACUACAGUUGCUGUUGCAAAACAAAAAGAACUCACCGUCGUGACAUCUACUUUCAAAUCUCCACGAACAACAACAAGUACAAGAGGAUGUAAACAUUUAAAGUAGAAGAUGAGUGUAAACAUCAAAAUUGCAAGAAAACAACAACUCACAUUAUCGCCUUCACGACCAGGUAAACGUAAAGAAUGUAAACAGUUGCAAGGCGAAUUUGAGCGACAUGAAGCGAGCGCCUUUAGGAUUUAUAGCGAAGGGCAAAAAAGAGACGUUCCUUGAUAAGAUAGGAAAGGGCGGACCACCAGGACCAAAUGCAUCCAAAUAUGCUGCAAUCAAACCGGGAGUGGUAUUUCUUCUACUACUUUUUUUUUGUGAAAGAAGAAGGAACAAGACCUCUAAAAACCUGUUUGAGAAUUAAGGCUCAGCUUUCAAUGGUCACCAUUGAGAUUGGGGUCACUGAGAUCGAAGAGGCGACCCCUUGAGGAAAGAUGAGGGGAAAACGAAGGGAAAGGGGAGAGCUUUGAAGGGUUCCUUCCGUUCAGAGUCAGUGACCAUUGAAGGCUGAGCUUUAAAAGAAGGAACAAGACCUCUAACCUGUUUGUUGAACAAGUACUCAGUAGUUGCCUCGAAUACGAAUCCGCUUCAUCUUUCCAAUCCCAAAAAAUAAUUCCACCGAGCAGGUCGCGCGAAACAUGCUGGAACCACAUAUACCGGCAUUGGCGUGGACCAAGGCAGCGACCGUAUCAAGAAAGGAAAAGGCCAAGCCUACGCUGGCGCCUAACCACUAUUCAAUAAACUACAAGUCGCAGGAUUUCAGAGUGAAAGACUCAUCGUUCCCACGCGAGAAGGCAGCUAACUUCAUCGAUCAGACGGUACUUGCUUCUACUAAAUAAUUUUCUCAACAUUCAUCUACUACAUUAUGUUGAUCAGAAAUUGAAUAUAUUAAUCUGCUAUAAUCAAUCACCUAAUAAAUUCUUUUCGAGAAGAACAUGAUGAACACGUUCAACGUGAACUACAACAGGUCCGAAACAAGAACUGGACGCCGCCUCCUGGUAAGUAUACGCUGAUUCCACUCGGGAAGUACAGUCGCGGCACGAAAUACUGCCAGGUCAACAACAUUGGGCGCAGUGCGGUCAAUAACAUGUUCUAAUUAAGGCUCAGCUUUCAAUGGUCAUUGAGAUUGGGGUCACGGAGAUCGAAGAAGCGACUUCCCCUUGAGAGGAAAGAUGAGGGGAAAAGGAAGGGAAAGGGGAGAGCUUUGAAGGGGGUCGCUUCAGUUCAGCAUCAGUGACCAUUGAGUGCCGCGCUUUAAUCUAA